CUCUUCACUGACUUUUUCUCAGAAAAGUGAAGGAGGUGCAGAGUGCUUUUCUGAUCUGAAGGUUGGUGUUUACAAAGAAAUUGUCCCUAUGGGUGUAAAUCCAGAUAUCAUUUCCUACACAUUGGCUGGAAUACACUUGGAACCAGAGGAAUUUCACAAAGAAGUGAAGGUGUUUGUGGAGAAUCAGUCCUCGGACAAAGAUACAAUACUUCUGGACUGCAGAAACUUCUAUGAGAGCAAAAUUGGUCAGUUCAGUCAGUGUUUGGCCCCCGACAUCCGGAAAUUCAGCUACUUCCCAGACUACGUGGAUAAAAAUUUGGAUCUCUUCCGGGACAAAAAGGUUCUGAUGUACUGCACAGGAGGCAUCCGCUGUGAGCGAGGCUCGGCUUAUCUCAGAUCAAAAGAGGUGUACCAGCUGAAAGGAGGCAUUCACGAGCAGUUCCCCGAUGGCUUCUACCAUGGUAAACUCUUUGUGUUUGAUGAACGUUAUGCCAUCUCAUUCAACAAGGAUGUAAUUUCAGAGUGCAGAUACUGUAGUUGCCCGUGGGAUCAAUAUCAGCUGUGCUCCACAGACUUCUGCUGCCAGCUGGUGCUGUCGUGCACCACCUGCAGAGAGCGUGGCCUGAUGGCCUGCUGUCCUGUGUGCCAAGCCAAAGAGCAAAACCACAGCGACGUCUGUUCUGAAGAGCUUUCUCACCGAGAGGAAUGCGAAUGCACAAUGUCACGGCCCAGAAUCCCCAAAGAUACACUAUGACAAACUCAAGGAGUUGAAAAUCAUCUUAGAUGGCCUAUAACUUUGUGUGAUUUUAAGUCUGCAAACUUCUUUUAAACUGUUGUACCAAUUCAGUCAUGAUUUUAAAAACGGGACAAUGCAAAUCUUAAAAUAAAUUACAAAUCAUUCACAUUCUUAAUUUUAUUUGACAUUCAAAAUCUUACAUAUAUAUGAAUGGGACGGGUUAAUUUGUACAACAAUAAUCAGGUCAUUCAACUCAAACUAUACACAGACACUGAACACACAGGUGAUGUACAUAUACACACAAAGACAAAAACUUAAUUUUAUUACAUAUUUCCUUGAACUUGAGAUCAAAUUAAUAAAAAAACACACACACAAAAACUGUCAUGGUAGUCAUUCUUUGAGAGAACAGCAUGUAAAGCUUCAAUUAAAUAGUUUCCCGAUGGUUUUGGCAAUGUACAAGUUUCCGGCA